UAUUAUUUAUUCAAAAUAGUGUGGCAUGUCAAAAAAGGCCCACUAUAAUUAUUGUAUUGGCCAAUUAGCCUACUAGGGUCUACUAAUAUAUGAAAUAAGGUUCAAACAUUUAUCAUUUUUAGGCUUUGCAUUUUUUUUACAUUAUCCCACACUUAUCCCUUCUUUCAUACUGGUCAGUUUUGGUUAUCUCUAAAUAGCUUGGUACCCGAUUGGUAAUGCAAUUAAUUUAUACACAAUUGUUGUUGAGACAAAUAUCUCUUGGCCCUCAAACAAACAGUUAAAAGGGAGUAGGGUUUUCACGGUCUUUGAAUCAACAACAUUAUUCCAGUGUUAUUCUGUCCAGUGCUGUUUGGUUGAGUCAGACAACAUGUUUACUCCCUACUGCAAAAACAGGCAGUUAUUGUUGAUCCAGCAGCCCUGAUCCAGUUAAAGUUGACCGGGUCGUGCACUCGGUCACACUAGCACUUAACAUUUUCAGUCUAAUUAUCAGCAGGCGUUUCAAAUUGAGCUUGUACUGCUUUCACAUAGAGAUGUGGCAUUUUGCGAGUCGGAUGCACUAAAUUAAUUUGUUGUCUUUUUUAUGUGUUGUGAUGCUAAAGGCAACUAAGCAUUCUGUGUUGAUUGUUGAUGAUCAUUUAAUCUAUGACUUUUUGCAUUACAAAAUAAUAUUUAUGUUUGCAACAUUUGCUUCAUUUAAAUCAAGACCCAACAGAUUACAGCUACUGUAAAUCUGUACCAGUGGUGGAAAAGUCCUCAGAUCUUUUACUUAAGUAAAAGUAGUGAUACCAGAUCUUAGAAACACUCAGUAACAAUUAAAAGCAUUCAAAACAUUUCUUGGUUUGAAAUUAUUAGCAUACAGUUGACUUAAAGUUUCAAAAAUAAAAGUACUCAUUAUGCAGAACGACCUGUUUCAGUCGUACUGGUAUAUUUUUGAUACUUUGUUGUCUGCAUCAAUUCUUCAGCUGGUAAAAGUGAAUGUAUGCACUUAGUUACUUUCCACCACUGCGCUGUAUGAGUCAUUAACAGAAACAACAUCCACAUGACUGUAUCUUGUCAGUAAUUAUACAAAUAUUUCUGGGAUGCUCUCUACAUUGCUCCCAGCUUACACUCCUUUUGAAUACAAUGUUGAAUCAAGUGUUAGAUCACUGUGAGGCAACCACAGUUCUGAGUAAGAUCCUGACACAGGAGGACAUCAGCCACCAUUACGUGCAGAAUGCAAAGAGGUGUGUCUGAUCCUAAGUGUCGCCAGAGUCACACCAGGGUGAGGGAUUCCAGCUCUGGCUUCUGCUGCUCCUAUCCUCGAAGGGCAGAGUUCCCUCUCAUCAGAGCUCUGCAAGAUUCAUUAGUUAGCUGAGCAGCCCAUCAGCCAGCUCGCUGGUCAGGUGGUAUGGUGGUAGGAGACCCAAAUAAACUGCCAGAUGGCAGAGGCCAACUGCGUCGACACUCCAGGGCCCCUCGUCCAGACCGGGCUCCUCGUCCAGAACAUGGACCACCAAGGAAGUCCCGCAAGAAGCUCCAAGUUAUCAUCUGUGUCCUGCUUGUGGAGCUGUGUGAGAGAUUCACUUUCUUUGGGAUUGUAUGCAACACCAUUAUCUUCUGCACGGUGAAGCUGGGCUAUGAUAACUACCUGGCUGCGACCGUCAACCUGUGCUUCAUAGGAGCCAGCACCCUGACCCCGGUUCUGGUUGGCUGGUUUGCAGAGACCUGCCUGGGGAGGUCCAAGGUGCUCUACAUAUGUGCCUUCCUACAUUUCUUUGGCACAGCCAUGCUGCCUGUGGUGGCAUUCCCCUUCGAAGAUUUCUACAUUGACACUCACCACAUGACGCACCAGCUGGAACGUCGGGAGCAGCAGAUCUUGUUCUACACCGGCCUCCUGGCUGCUGCUCUGGGCAUCGGAGGCAUCCGGGCCAUCCUCUGUCCAAUGGGAGCGUACAGCCUGCAGUGCUACAACCAGCACCAGCUCCUGUCCUUCUUCAACUGGUUCUACUGGUUGGUCAACCUGAAUUCCACUGUGGUGUUUCUGGGCAUCGCUUACAUCCAGCAGUCUGUGGCCAAAAAUCUGGGCUUCCUUAUCCCCUUCACCUCUGUGCUGCUGGCUCUAAUCGCCAUACACAUGAUGCGGAACAAUCUCACCUACAAACCCAAGAAAGGUGGAUCAUUAUUGACCACACUGGGAGUUUUCUUGAACUCCCUCAAGAUGUGUUGCCUCCACUACCGUCACCUGAGCGGAGAUGUGGGAUCUUGGCUGGACCGGGCCAAGGAGAACAAUGGCGGCCGUUACAGCGAGACGCAUGUAGAGAACGUCAAAGUCCUAGCCAAGCUCUUCCCUCUGUAUGGCCUUCAGCUGCUUUACAGAGCCUGCAUCACACAGAUUCCCUCAGGGUACUACAUACAGACCAUGAACUCAAACCUUCACCUGACCAGCCACCUGUUGCCCAUUGGUGCCAUGAAUGUGAUCAGUAUCAUCCCUCUGCUGCUCUUGGCCCCACUCAUAGAGUGUGUGACCACUUGCUACCUCUCCGCGGAAAAAACUCCUCUGGCACCUGCAAAAGUCAUCACUCUGGGCCAUGCAUGUGCCACUCUGUCGGUGUUGGUGGCAGGUUUGUCUGAGCUGCAUCGGAGGUCCUACCCUCUGGUGGAGCAGACCCUCUCUGGGAAAGUUCUGCAGGUGUCGUCCAUGCCAUGUUUCCAUCUGGCUCCUCAGUACAUCCUGCUAGGUCUUGCAGAGGCUCUCGUCACCCCUGCAUGCUCCCUAAUAUCUUUCCAGCUGACCCCAAGCCACAUCAGAGGGAUCUCCUUACACUUCCUCACUCUGUCCUAUGGAGGGGGCUGCUUCCUGGCAGCCUUAAUCGUUCAGCUGGUGUACUUUCUCUCUGGAGGUAACUUCUACCCAGACGCACUGCAUGAUGGGAACCUUGAGAGAUUCUUCUUCCUCCUGGCCUCACUGAUGGCGGUUAAUACCCUUGUGUUUUGGCGUGUAUCUAACAGGUAUAUAGACCUGAGUGUGCGGGGUAAAGCCCUGACAGUCAGCCCUCUGGCUGAGAAGCUGCUGCACUACAAGGCCUGCCUGCGCUUCUACGACACGGUGGACCGCUCCUACACAACCGCCUCCAUCGAAUCUAUUUUAUGAAUAUCUUAAAUAUUAUCUUUGCUGUUAGUGGCGCUGGCGCUGCAUGUGACUAUGUCAGAGUCUGUGACUUUUCAAGCCUAAGUGUAUAAGGUACCUGGCAUGUACAUAUGUUUGUUGUCCCUUGCUGUGAAUGCUGACCGUUAAUUGAGCGUGGCCUGUACAGGAGAGAUUCAUUUUGAGGUACAUUUGUAAAUCAAAUUGAGAACAUAAAAAUGU